AUGGCGUCCACUAGCUCCGGGUUAUCGCAGCUGGUCGUCGAUGCCAAGCCAUUCCCCUUCAGUUUUCCUUUUCGCCACACGGCCCUGCUCGUCAUUGACAUGCAGCGCGACUUUCUCGUUGAAGGCGGCUUUUCUCACAGCGUGGGCGCAAACUUAUCCGCAGUCCAGGAUUGCGUCCGCCCUGUCAUGCGGUUGCUGGAUUCCUGCCGCGAAGCCCGCCUGCCCAUCUUCCACACGCGAGUGGGCUUCGAGCCGGACCUGUCUGACUGCCCGUCGAUUACUCUGGCCCGCCAAGCACCCGCUCAUGGCAACGCUGGGCUCACGGUGGGGGAAAGGGGCGCGAUGGGCAGGUAUCUCGUGCGCGGCGAAUACGGCCAUGACAUCAUUGACGAGCUUCGUCCUCUUCCCGGCGAGGUCGUAAUAGAUAAGCCUGGCAAAGGCGCCUUCUGGAACACCGAGCUGCUUCACAAGCUCAAGGCACGCGCUAUCACUCACGUCCUUGUAGCGGGCGUAAGUACCGAAUGCUGCUUGUCCUCUACUAUCCGUGAGGCUAGUGAUAGAGGCCUCGAGUGCUGUGUCAUUUCAGAAUGUACUGCUGGAUUCAAUGAGGACAAGUUCCGACGGGGAAGCUUGGACGUGAUCCAUGUUGAUGGAGGUCUGUUUGGCUUUGUUUCCAAGCUUGAACGUGUCGUAAAGGCCUUGGCCCCUCUGGCGGAAGCGCGAAUUUCACAGGAUGAGCGGUAUCGGCAGAACGGAGAUAUGCGUAUUCGCCGGUUACAGGCUGCCUACAGGUCUGGCGUGUCUCCUGAAACAAUCAUGGACUCUCUUUACCGUAAGAUUGAGGUCUACAAGGGAAACGACCCUGCCGUAUGGAUUCACCUGGAGAGCCGAGAGGCUGUUCUUGAAGCGGCGAGAGCAGUGCAAGAGAAAUGGCCAAAUCCCCGGGAAAGACCGCCUCUUUUCGGCGUUCCUUUCAGUGUCAAAGACUCGAUCGACAUUGCAGGCUACCAGACCACCACUGCAUGCCCGCCGCUCACACAUAUGGCGUCAGAAUCUGCACCAGUGUACGAGAAGAUCAUAGCCAAUGGUGGUAUCUUCAUAGGGAAGACGAACAUGGACCAACUAGGCACGGGCAUGACCGGUUGCCGCAGUCCGGAAGGAACCCCGCAUUCUACAAUGCAUAGAGACUACAUUGCCGGAGGAUCCAGCAGCGGCAGCGCUGUCAGCGUAGGCGCAGGGCUUGUAUCGUUCUCCAUUGGGACAGACACGGCAGGAUCCGGACGCAUCCCGGCAGCGUUCAACGAUGUGGUUGGGUUCAAGCCUACCCGAGGUCUUGUGUCCAUGCGCGGCAUCACUCCUGCAUGCGCCUCUCUGGAUUGCAUAGCGGUCCUAGCUCGCAACAUAGGCGAAGCUCGCAUGGUGUGGCAGGUGAUCGAAGGGUAUGAUGGCGCGGACCGGUAUUCCAAGCCGCCCAAUGCGCUUGAACGGCACAUCAAUGCAGUCGGUCCCCAGCGACAGACAUUCCGCUUUGGAAUCCCACCACCUGAAGCCCUGGACGCGUGCCACCCGCUGUACCGCAAAAUCUUCAACCACGUCAUCAGGAAACUUGUCAGCAUCGGCGGAGUUUUGAAACCGAUAGACUGGACGCCGUUUGAAAAGGCUGGGAAGCUGCUGUAUGACGGAACGUUGGUCAUGGAACGGCUUGCAAACCAUCCAGAUGAUUGGCUGGAGAAGAACAGAAACUAUCUCCACCCGGUUGUAGUGGAGGUUUUCGACGGGGCUGUGGCGCGGCAAAGCACGGCCGUCCAAGCUUAUCGAGACCUCCAGGCCAAAGCUCUGUAUACGCGCCAGGCAGAGGAGACACUUAGUGCCGGGGCCAACGGCGUCGACGUCAUCGUCACCCCGACCGCUCCAGCGCAUUGGACGAUCGAGGAGGUGCAAGCAGACCCUGUUAAGAAGAACAGUGCGCUCGGCGAGUACACGCACGCCGCGAACGUGCUCGAUCUCUGUGCUGUAUCUGUACCGGCGGGCCUAUAUCCUCUUGACGAAUUGCUUGGGACCGAGGGCAACGAAGGUCGGCUACCCUUCGGGGUGCAAUUCAUGGGCGGCAGCCGCAUGGAUGCCGAGCUACUAGAGGUCGCGCGGCGGUUCGAGCAGUCAUUGGACCCGUCGGCGGCGGAGAACGAAAGGCACGACAAAUACAGCACCGUUGGUGGCAGCAAUAUGAGCAGGAAGCGCAGUCGCGACGAGACGCCGACGCUGGUAGAAGAGAUGAAUACGGAAUAG